CAGUUGACGAAUUAGCACAGUUGCCAGUUGAAGCUGAGUAGCUGCAUUUGAGCAAAAUAAACAGUUAAACGUGUGCCUAAUUGCUUUUGAGCGCGUGUUUUAUACUUAUAAACAUUAUUUUUUUCUUGUUCUCGUUGUUGUUGUUAAUUAUUGUUGGAGCAGUUUUGUGUGGCGCGUUCGCAGCGCAACAAUUGUAUUGCAUAGAAAAUGUUGACGCAUUGAGCUGAUUGACAACAAUAAUUGCCUGACGAACUGCAAGGUCCCCGCCCAAGGGUAGUGAGUAGAGCAUCCCACAAAAUGUCGGAUCAGCAACGCGCCUCGUUAUGCCCGCGACUCGUCGACUACAUGGCCAUUGUGGGUGCGCACACGACCCCGCCAAUGCCCAAGGGCAUGCAGGGCAGCAAAGCGCCGCCCGUUCAGGUGCCCGACUUGCUGCGACGCUAUCCACCAUCAGACCAUGCGGACUUUCCGCUGCCGCUGGACAUGGUCUACUUUUGCCAGCCGGAGGGCUGCACCAGCGUGGGACCGCGACGGACCGGCUCCGCCAUACGGGACAUGACCUCGUUUGUGUUUGCGCUAACCGACAAGGAUUCGGGCAAGACACGCUACGGCAUCUGUGUUAAUUUCUAUCGGCCCAUCGAGCGGCCCUGCUCGGCAACGGCCGCUGGCGCCGAACGUGGUAAUCCGGCUGGCAAUGGAGCGCCGGGUGGACACGCUGCUGGCGGCGUCGGCGGCAGCGGCGGCGUCGGGGCUGGAGGUGUGCGCGGUCGACGCUCAUCGGCGUUCCGGCGGGAAUCGUGGCGCAAGAGCAUGGAGCGCAGCUCAGACUCGGCGUUCAGCAGCGACUACAGAAGUAACGUAGCGCCCAGCGAUUCGGAUCGUGAACUGACCUCGCGUCGCGACUCUGACCAGCAGCGUCUCCAUUCGCAUCAAUAUCCGCCAACUCAAAGCGGUGCUUCGGCGCCCAAGUUGGGUCUAAUGGCACCCUCAGCGGAUUCCGAAUCCGGCGGCAGUCAUUCGCCAUCGCCGCGGGCCUCACGCAAGCGCACCAAGCUGCGCAAUCAGUCGCUCACCUCGCUCUGCAUCAUAUCGCAUCAUCCGUUCUUCACCACGUUCCGUGAGUGCCUCUUCAUACUGAAGAAGCUGAUCGAUGCCUGCAACGAGUCGUCGUCACCGAAGCGUGUCGGCGCCUCCCAGAAACUCAAUCGGGACAAUGUGUGGACGGUGCUGACGGGCCAUGCCAGCGAGGCGACACCCUCCAUUGUGCUGCACGAUGUGCGCGAGAUCGAGACAUGGAUAUUGCGUCUGCUCUCCACGCCAGUGCCGGUGCCGGGCUCUACGCGUGUCGAGGUGGAGGUGCUGUCGCCAACUGUGCAUGAACCAUUGCUGUUCGCACUACCGGAUCACACACGCUUCUCGCUGGUUGACUUUCCCUUGCAUUUGCCACUCGAGCUGCUCGGCGUGGAGACAUGCCUGAAGGUGUGGACUUUGAUCAUGUUGGAAAACAAGGUGCUAUUCCAAUCGCGCGAUUAUAAUGCUCUCUCCAUGUCGGUAAUGGCAUUCGUGACCAUGCUCUAUCCAUUGGAGUAUAUGUUUCCAGUGAUACCGUUGCUGCCCACAUGCCUCAGCUGUGCCGAGCAGUUGCUGCUCGCGCCCACGCCCUUUGUCAUCGGUGUGCCAGCCUCUUUUCUCAUCUAUAAAAAGAACUUUAGGUUGCCCGAUGACAUUUGGGUUGUGGAUUUGGAUUCUACCAAGCUGACGCCACCAACAGGUGGAUACGAUGAGAUACCUCCAUUGCCGGAGCCCGAGGGUACCAUACUGAAGAAUCAUCUGAAACAGGCUAUGCUACUUAUGGAUGAAGCUGGACUUGGUGCUUUGACCUCAAUGACGGCCUCCAAUCAGGCUGUAUCCUCGCAGCAGCUGUUGCCCUCGGUGCGCGAUUGUCUCCAGGAGCCGCCACUAUUGGGGGUCUCACAAGUGCGUCUGCCCUUGCAAACGCCUCCACACUCGGCACAGGCCAGUCAACGGAACUCGAUGUCCGCACAGGGCGCAAUGUUGUCCCGCCAGCCCAGUCCGAUGAAUUCGCCGGCACUGAAUCCCUUUGUCUACGGCACCGACGUCGAUUCGGUGGAUGUCGCGACGCGUGUGGCCAUGGUGCGCUUCUUCAAUGCCCAGAAUACCCUGGCCAAUUUUGCGGAGCAUACGCGCACGCUGCGUUUGUAUCCGCGACCCGUUGUCGCCUUCCAAAUCAAUAGUUUUCUGCGUUCACGACCGCGCGCCUCCUCGUUCCUCAAUCAGUUUUCGCGCACGCAGGCUGUGGAAUUCCUGGCGGAAUGGUCUCUAACGCCCACAAAUGUCGCCUUCCUGCGCGUACAGACGGGCGUCAUGGACCCGAUGCAGGUGGGCGAUAAGCCUAAAUGGUUUGCCCACUCCCUGACGCCCAUACGCUUCUCGGUGUGGGAUGAUGGCAGUUCGCUAAAUGGUGCAUUGCGCUCCUUGAAGCAGCUCGAGUGCCAGCCAACGGAUGAGAGUGGCUCCGAUUCGGAGGGUGCCGACAGCAGCAGCUCCUCGUAUAGCUCACUGAGCGAUUUUGUCUCGGAGAUGGCCUCAUCGGAUUUGUCGCCCAGUCUGCAUGAUGUUUUUGGCUCCUAUAAUCGGCCGCAUGUCGUGCCGCAGACGUUGUCCUCCAAUCUGGAUCCGGCACUGGUCUAUCAUCCGCCCAGCAAGCUGCAGUAUCCGGAGGGUUUGGCCGGACCAGCGGCCAGCAAGGGGGAUGAGGAGCGUGCCGAUUCACCGGUAUCAUCCUCAUCCAGUCGCUCGGACCUGAGCUCGCCCAGCUUCAAUCGCGACUCGGAGUUUGAUUUUCAGCCCAAGUCCGGUCAGCAGCCGGCGCCGGGUGCCUUUGAGCUGGCCACACCGCUGGCCAUGCGACUCGAGGCGACAAUUAAGAUGGCCAGCCUGGAGGCCGAAUCGGAUACAACCUCCACGGUCACCGGCAAGAGCAUAGCCAGCAGCAAAUUGCAGCGCAAUACCAGCGAUAUGGAGCGCACCGAGAAGAAGAUACCGCCACCGCUGACGCCGCCCGUUAAGCAACCGAGUGUCACCAAUAUAUUGGCUCGCACUGGCAGCUCCGGCUCCAGUUCGAGCAGUCCGGGUCGCCAGAGUUCGCAGAGUUCCCUAUUCGAAAACUUUGCCUCGCACGCCAAGGAGCUGGUGCGUGAGACGACGCGCCAGAGCAGCCAGGAGGGUCUGUUGGCCCAUGUGGACAAGCAUGCACAGGACGAAGAUCUAGAUGAUAAAAUGCGUCACACCUUCGAAAAGUUUACGCUGCACGCCAAGAAGGCGGCUGGCGAGGCUUCCAAGCAGGCGCUGGAGGUGUCCAAGCAGGCGGCUGGCGUUAGCAAGAACACCUUGGAGGAUCUCACCUAUGUGGGCAAAUCAACGCUGGGUGAUCUGACAAAGACGGCCAAAGAGGCGGCCACCAAGAAGGGCAUCAUCAAGAUCGAAGAGCACGGCUCGGCUGCGUCCAGCAAUGCGCCCGCAAUGCCCAACUCUCAGCUGGCCACACAGAAGCAGGUGCAGCAAAGCGGCUGCGGCGGCCCGGGCAACAAUUUCUUUUCCUCGAUUGGCACCGAUUUCAAUGGUCUGGCCUCCACCACAACUACCAUGUUCUCGGGCAUGUUUGGCAAGAAGAACCAACAGAAGCAGGCGGCGGUGCAGCACAAGCCCUCCAAUAUGGGCGGCGCUAAAAACAAGGCGGGCAGCAAUUUUGAUCCGUUUCCCAGUCGCAAGGGUCUGGUGGAGCGUACGCCGCUCAUAAAGCAUUCGGGACCGCGGCAAACCCAGGAGGAUCUGACGCGCCAACAAAAUCAGGAGCGUUCGCAUAGCAAUGCCGAGAAUCAGGCAUUCCUCAAGGAUGUCACCAAUCAGGUGCUCGCCGGCGAGGGUGUCGGUUGGCUCAAGCUCAAUCGCUUCAAGAAGCUGAUGGAGGAUGAAUCCUAUCGCACGCUCGUGCUGAGCAAGCUUAACAAGACGCUGGACAAGAAGAUAGCGCCCGAUGAUCAUAUUGACGAUGUGUGUGUGACCAAGCCCGUGUGGAAGGGCAUGCUGAAGUGUGUGCAGGCAAUUGCCGGCGGCCUGGACGCGACUUUUAGCAAUUUUGGUCUCGGCGGCAUGGCGUCCGUGUUUCAGCUAAUGGAGGUGGCGCACACGCACUAUUGGAGCAAGGAGAUCAACGAGGGCAGCGACAUGUCGUCCAGCUUGUUGUCGAGUCAUGCGGCUAGUCCCAUGGGCAGUCGUGAGAAUCUGCGCUCACCGAGCAGUCCGAAUGGCUCACAUUCGGGUCUGGGCAGUGAGUGGGCCUCGCCGCAGGAGUCGCGCAAGAGCUCAACCCAUACGGCCCUGUCGGCCACAACGGCAGCGACGGCAACAACAACGGCCGCCGCCCGUCGUCUGUCCUCGGCGGACAGCCAGGAUGGGCAGUCGACCACAGAGAUGUUCAAGGAUAUGUUGUCGCAGAAGAGAAGUGCCUUGAAGAAUAUGCUCACCUCGUUCGAUUCAGAUGCUGCUGGCUCCACGGGCGCGCUAUCCGUGGUCAGUGAUCUGCUGCCAGCUGGCAGUCUGAGCGUCCGCAUGCCAUCCAGCUUCCGUUCCACAGUCUCAGACACCGAAUACGAAAAUACCACCACAUCGAAGGAUUCGAAAAAGAGCACCGGAAAUUUGUGGUCCGGCAAAUCGACGCUCAGCGCCGGUUUCCGUUAUACGGGCGGGCAUUUGAUUAACACCUCAUCCUCACCAUCGCCGGACAGUCCCCGGGUAUAUCUAUUCGAGGGCCUUUUGGGCAAGGAUCGCCUCAAUCUGUGGAAUCAAAUGCAAUUCUGGGAGGACGCCUUCUUGGAUGCGGUCAGUCAGGAGCGUGAUAUGAUCGGCAUGGAUCAGGGUCCCAUUGAGAUGAUGGAGCGCUACAAAUCGCUGAGCGAAUCGGAGCGUAAGCGUUUGGAACACGAUGAAGAUCGACUGCUGAGCACCAUGCUCUACAAUCUGACGGCAAUAUUGGUGAUGCUGAAUGUGAGCAAGGAUGAGAUUCGACGCAAAAUACGUCGCCUGCUGGGCAAGAGUCACAUUGGGCUUGUCUACUCGCAGGAGGUGCACAAUGUGGUUGAUCAGAUUAACAAUCUGAAUGGCAAUGACAUAGAUCUGAAGCCGCUGGGCUCCCGGCUGUUGCAUCGCCAGAGCUUUACCGUACACCAGGGCGUCGAUGUGAAUGGACCGUUACGCUUUAUGGAGGUGCGCGACGAUGGCCUUGUGCUGCGCUCCGUGGACGGGACAAUUGUGGAGCGCUGGUGGUACGAGCGUCUGGUCAACAUGACCUAUUCGCCAAAGACCAAGCUGCUCUGUCUCUGGCGACGCAACGGCGGACAAACGCAGCUGCAUAAAUACUACACGCGCAAGUGCAAGGAGCUGUAUAAUUGCAUUAAGGAGGCAAUGGAGCGAGGCGGCACGCCCACAAAUGUACCCGAACUGGGCGGUGAGUUUCCGGUGCAGGACAUGAACACGGGCGAGGGUGGACUGCUGCAGGUCUGUCUCGAGGGUGUCGGUUUGUUGUUCUCCAACAGCAAGGAUUUCGAGUUCUUUGUGCGUUUGGAUCACAUACGCAAAUGCUUUACACAGAAGGGCGGCAUUUUCGUAUUGGAGGAGUACAAUCCGAAGACGCGCAAUCUCAUCCAGCGAAAAUAUCAAUCUAGCAUGUCGGAUCAGAUAUGCUACUCGGUGCUGUGCGUCUUCAGCUAUGUGGCCGCCGGACAGGAUCAGAAGAAGAAUCCGGUGGUGAUAACGCCGCAAAUACAGGACAUUCAUGCGCAGCAGAAGCAGAAGCAUCAGCAGAAAGCCAGUGUUAACAACGCGCCAACAGCAACAGCUGCUGCAACAACAACAGCAACAGCAACAACAACAACAACAACAGCAACAACAACGGCAACAACAGCUGCGCCUGCAAGGCAAAGCGCCGGCAACAAGCCCGGCAAUGUAACCAUAAGGCACACGGUGCCCAUCCAGAAGCCCACCAUAACCAUGUCGACGGUGCAGCCGAAUGCGAAGCUGCCCCAACUGCCGCCACGCGUCCAAGCGCAGCCAUCGCAGGAGAGCAGCAGCUGCAGCUCAUCGCCAACGGCCAAGCUGCGGCACGGACAGCCGCCCGGACCGCCGCCGGCGAUACCGCCGCGAACCGGCGCCAUUGCGCGCGCCGGUUCGAUGCAAUCGCCGCCGAGCCGGCAUUUCGUGCGACAGGCAUCGGCGAACUCAACGCCGCCGCAAUAUACGCCACAGCCGCCGCCCCCAUUUGUCAUACCCAAGCGUUUGGCGCGCGCCUCCACGCUGACAGCAGCCCCACAUCAUAUGCAGCAUUCCCAAUCCCAGCAGCAGUCGCAGUCACAGCAGCGCGCCAGCUACGGCAGCGUCGCCGCUGCGCUGCAGUCAUUGCCUGAGGGCAGCGUCGGGCACGUAGCCAGCGCUGGCUCCAAUUCAAAUUCCAAUUCCAACUCUAGCAUCAGUCCUAUUUCCAGCACUGGCCACGUAGCGGGCGCAUCGCCUCAGACGCAUCGCAAGCACUGACGAAGGAGUUCCUUUUUCAAGUUUAGUUCAGGUGGGGGCGGAGGCGGUCCCAAUGGCGAGGAGCCGCAUCCGCAGCCGCACAGACGCGACGUCUGUCGCACCAUAUGCAUACCCUGGCUAUGAGCGAAGCUCUAAGGAUAUCCUUGCGGCCCUUUAACCAUCGUAAACCCAUCAUCCAUUUGGAGUCUAGCUUUAUAAUGCCGUGGUCUGCGAUUUCACUGAAUAUACUAGAUAUUCCGUAUAAUUUAUAAUCUAAGGAAGCUUCCCAGUCUCGACCUCAGCUCUAUAAUACAUAUGAUCCGUUCGCUUCUUAUAUUGCUAAAAUCCUAGAACUUGCUCUUAAAAUGUUCUUCCAACAUUUCCGUUUUUCCGCUUCUGCAUUUUUCCAGAUUUACAACAUAAGAUAUUCCAAGAAAUAUUUCACUCGAUAGUUCUCUAUCUAGAAUUCGGGCUCUUUACGCUUCCAGCUUUGUGGAAUUCUUAAUAGAAACAGAUAACUUUAACAGAUCUUUCAGAUAUGCUGCCAGGUUUUCAAUCAUGUUUGUAAGCAAGUUUCCCAGAUGGUUCGGCGCUAUCAAAAUUCUCUGCUCUUCCAAACUCUGAGCUCUACUGCAUUUCUCUGCGAACCUUCUUUUCGCUCUCUAGCAUACUUAGAUUAUAUAUAUAUGCUUUUAUCUGGUAAAGUUUCUCCAAAGGUUCUGUUUUUUACCCUAAGCAGAAUUCGUUUUCGAUCGCAGAUUAAAGACAAAUUCCUAAUGCUUUAUACGAGACACGAUCCGAUUCGAUUUGAUCGCAACCCUCGCUUGUUCCUAUGAAAACUGUUUAGGUUUAGGUCUGUCGAUUCGCUAGACACGAGUUACAUAAUAUGCUAUAUAUAUAGAUAUAUAUAUAUAUAUAUGUGUACGAUUACUCGAGCAUACAAUUGUUAUCUAUAUAUAAAUACUUGUUAAUGCAAGGGUAUUUGCUAGUCUAGUCUAAAAAGUGUUGUUCUCUGUAUGAAAAAAAAAAGAAAAUGUUCAUAUACCACAUGCUAUAUACGAUACGAUAUAUUUACAUAUAUACAUAUAUAUAUAUAUAACUACGAUAUUUUAUGUUAUCCAAUGCUAGCCUAGACGCAUCAUAUCAUUAGCUCACACACACACACGCACACACACACACACACACGCACACAUACAUAUACCACAUAUAACUAGAGGAUUACGAUAUAUAGGAGAGUAACAGGCGAUGUAUAUAGAUGGUUUAUAUAUCGAAUAUGGGCACAAAAUUAAACAACAACAAACAAAACAAAACAAAAAAAAAAAAACAACACAAAAAGGUAAUUGAAGGCAAUCUAGAUAGGGAAAUGUAACAUACCAAAUAUGAUAGAUACCAUAAAACCUAAAGGAAACCAAAUUAUUUCCAGGCUAAUGUCAAGGAAUUUAACUAGUUGUUAAACCAAAAAAUUUGAAAAAUUACCCAAAAAAAAUAUAUUUAAAAGAUAAACGAAUUGAAAAGAAUCAGAUGCGACUCGCGCGGAAUAAAAUAUAUAUAUAGAUAUAUAUAUAUAUAUAUAAAGGUUUAUAGCUUAAGGAAUUGUCAGGGAACAUAACAUAACAGCCAGCAGAGUUAACAGAGCUUUAACAGAGUUGAGCAGCAAUAUGUGGGCGUGCGCGUAACAGAGAUUUAACAGAGUUCGACAUAGGUAUAUCUAUAUAUAUAUGUAUAUAUAUACCAUAUAUCGAUAACUUAUCCAUACCUACGACUUACUGUCUAUAUAUGGGGCAGACAAUAUCUGCCCCAAGCAUAUAUAUAUAUAUAUAUUUUUUUGUUGUUGGCUUUGGAUGUUAACAGGAGCACAAUAUUAUGCUAACCAAACAUACAUAUAUAUGUAUAUACAAGAAUAUAUAUGACGUCUUAUCCUACAAAUAAUAAUACAUAUAUAUCUAUAUAAAAUUGUAUUUUCCAAAGUUCAAAAACGUGUGCAAAUA